AUGGGCUCCGUCGUCAUCCCUCAUCUCGUCACCGGUUGGCAUGUCGACCAAGCUAUCAUGUCCGAAGAAGACCGCCUCGUCGUGAUCCGCUUCGGACGAGAUUGGGAUCCCGACUGCAUGCGCCAGGACGAAGUGCUCUACAAAAUCGCCGACCGCGUCAAGAACUUUGCCGUCAUCUACGUCUGCGACCUCGAUCAAGUGCCCGACUUCAAGCAGAUGUACGAGCUGUACGACACCGUCACGCUCAUGUUCUUCUUCCGCAACAAGCACAUGAUGUGUGAUUUCGGCACGGGAAACAACAAUAAGCUGAAUUGGGUGUUGGAGGAUAAGCAGGAGCUGAUUGAUAUUCUGGAGACGAUAUACAAGGGUGCGAAGAAGGGGAGAGGUUUGGUGGUGUCCCCCAAGGACUACUCGACGAGGUACCGGUACUAG